GGCUGGCGCGCGCGACGAAUCUUAACGUUGCGCCGUCUGCAGGCGCUUCCGGGCCACCAGUUUCCCUGCCUUCCACCCUGGCGCCCCCCAGCCCUGGCUCCCCGGCCGCAUUGCCCCGGGCGUCCACGCCCUGCGGGCUCAGCGGAUUCAGCGGGCUUAAUCUGCGCAGCACCUCCUCCAUGUUGACCAAGCCUCUGCAGGGGCUCCCUGCGCCCCUCGUGACCCCCACGCAACCACCAGGAGGCAAGGAUCGGGCAGCCUUCGAGGCCGAAUACCGACUUGGCCCCCUCCUGGGUAAGGGGGGCUUUGGCACCGUCUUCGCGGGACACCGCGUCACAGAUAGACGCCAGGUGGCCAUCAAAGUAAUCUCCCGAAAUCGUGUGCUGGGCUGGUCCACCUUGUCAGACUCAGUCACAUGCCCACUUGAAGUGGCACUGCUCUGGAAAGUGGGUGAAGGCAAUGGGCAUCCUGGUGUGAUCCGUCUGCUUGACUGGUUUGAAACACCAGAAGGCUUCAUGCUGGUCCUAGAGCGACCCAUGCCUGCCCAGGAUCUUUUCGACUACAUCACUGAGAAGGGCCCAUUGGGUGAAAGCCGCAGCCGCAGCUUCUUCACCCAGGUGGUGGCAGCUGUUCAGCACUGCCAUGCGCGUGGAGUUGUCCAUCGUGAUAUCAAGGAUGAGAACAUCCUGAUAGACCUGUGUCGAGGCUGUAUAAAACUCAUCGAUUUUGGUUCUGGUGCCCUGCUUCAUGAUGAACCUUACACGGACUUUGAUGGGACAAGAGUGUACAGCCCUCCAGAGUGGAUCUCUCGACACCAGUACCAUGCCCUUCCAGCCACUGUCUGGUCACUGGGUGUACUUCUCUAUGACAUGGUGUGUGGGGACAUUCCAUUUGAGAGGGACCAGGAGAUUCUGGAGGCUGAGCUCCACUUCCCUGCUCAUGUUUCCUCAGAUUGCUGUGCCCUAAUCCGCCGGUGCCUGGCUCCUAAACCUUGUUCCCGACCCACACUGGAGGAGAUUCUGCUGGACCCCUGGAUGCAAACACCAGCAGACAAAGCACCCAUCAGCCCCUCCAAAGGAAGUCCCACCCCUUUGUCCUGGUCCCUGCUUCCCUAGGCCCAGCCAGGAUCUCACUACUUGGAGUCCCAUGGUUAUGCCACAAGGGAUAGAUGGUGUAUCUGUUGACCUGGUUAUACAGGUUGUUUAAAAUCCCAGUAUUGCUAAGAUCAGGGACUAGGGAUCAGGGCUCAAAAGAUCAGCCAGGUCUGCCCAGUUCCCAUCCCAAUUCUGUGAAGGAUCCUCCCAGAACCUGUGGUCCAUUAUUUGGGAAAGAGGAAUUCCUUCCUUCUGUUUAAGAUGUUUAUUUGGUUGGAGUUCCUUCCCUUCUGAGCCCUAAUACUCUUAUUCUGACAUUGUAGUCCCUACACUGGCACCUCUUAAUACUACCAACACAAACUUAGACACUUAGUUCAAAUGCUCUCACUUGGGCAAGGGUGCUUUCCUUAAAAUACCCCAGCAGCUCUUACUUUAGCUAAAGGGCCCUUAACCCUAGCACGGGGUCCCAUAAUCAAGCUGCUUUUCUGCCUCAGCCCAGAAUUGCUUAUUCUGGGGGAGGUAAUGCCCUAUUGGUAUCCCAGGGCUUUGUGUGUGUGUGUGUGUUUUAUUUUUUCUUUUGGUGAUUUUUGGUGAGGGGACCCUAUUGUUAUCCCAAGUGCUCUUAUUCUGGUGAGAAGAACCUUACUUCCAUAAAUUGGGGAAGGAAUGGGAGAUGGACACCACCGGACACCACCAGAGACUUGGAUGGUUGGGGGGAGGGGAUGGGCUGAGGGAAAGAAGUCUUGCUGUUUGUUCUCCUGGGGUCCUCCCUCUCCCAACUUUACUGCCUCCUCCUGAGCCAGGUUUGUCCACUUGAGCUAAAAUGUAAAUAGUCGUGUACUGGAGGUAGGAGAGAGCUACAAGUGUGCCCUCCUGUCCCUUCUUCCCCUGCCUGGAUUAUUUAAAAAGCCAUGUGUGGAAACCUAUUUAAUAAAUAAUAAAGUCAGAAGUGACUGGC